CCCUUAUCAUAAUAAGACUUUAAAACACACUUGUAUACAUUAUGAUCAUAUCUUUUGGUAUGCUGUGAUGGCGAGAACGAGGUUGAAGGUGCUUUCAACCCUAGACACGGCUAAGACACAAUACUAUCACUUUAAGGCCAUCAUAAUUACCGGCAUGGGGCUCUUCACCGACGCGUACGACCUCUUCUCCAUCACGGUCGUCAUCAGGAUGAUUGGAAGGGUGUACUAUAGCGACCACCAUAACGGCCAAAAUAAGUACAAAACUCCUCCCGUUGUGGAGUCUGCUCUAGUGGCCGUUGCUCUGAUAGGCACGGUCAUUGGGCAGCUUGUUUUUGGUAGACUCGGCGACCUCAAAGGGCGUCGUUGGGUCUAUGGACUUGCCUUGCUACUUAUGAUAUUUGGCUCCUUGGGGUGUGGCUUCUCCAUUUGCAUUAGAAGAGCAUGCGUUCUCCUCAGCCUAGGCUUCUUCAGGUUCUUGUUGGGGCUAGGGAUUGGAGGAGACUACCCUCUAUCAUCAACAAUCAUGUCUGAAUUUGCCAACAAAAAGACAAGAGGCUCUUUCAUAGCGACCGUUUUCUCCAUGCAGGGUUUCGGCAUAUUGGCAAGUGCCACCGUCACCAUAGUGGUGUGCUCCAUAUUCCGCCGUGCAGCUGGCUCGGAUAACCAUACUCCGGGACGGCCACCGGCGACGGCUGACUUUGCAUGGAGGUUGAUACUUAUGUUGGGUUCAAUUCCGGCAGCCUUGACUUACUACUGGCGUAUGUUGAUGCCCGAAACAGCCAGGUACACAGCGCUAGUGGAACAAAACGUGAUGCAAGCAGCAAAUGACAUGGAGAAAGUGAUGGAUAUCUCACUCGCUCAGAUUGUUGAAGAAAACUUACGUCCACGCUCUAAUUACGCUCUGUUUUCUAAAGAAUUUUUUCGUAGACAUGGUUCUGAUCUCUUUGCUUGCACCUUUAAUUGGUUUCUGGUGGACACUGUUUUCUACAGCAGCAUUCUUUUCCAAUCUAAAAUAUACAAAUUCAAAAACACAGAUAAGCUAGAUGUGUAUCAAGAAGCCAUUGAUAUUGCUAAGCUCCAAGCAAUAAUUACUGCAUGUUCCACCAUCCCCGGCUACUUCUUCUCGGUGUAUUUCAUUGACCGUAUCGGAAGAGUUAAGAUCCAAAUGAUGGGUUUCUUCUUCAUGGCAUUGGCAUUUUUUGCCAUAGGGAUUAAUUAUGAUUCAUUCUGGACCAAAGAAAGGAACAAAUAUGGUUUAUUGGUCCUGUAUUGUGUUGCUUUCUUUUUCGCUAAUUUUGGACCCAACACCACGACAUUUAUAGUCCCAGCGGAGCUUUUUCCGGCCAGGUUUAGGUCAACAUGUAACGGUAUUUCCGGGGCAGCUGGCAAGAUUGGUGCGAUCAUCGGAUCGGUAGGGUUUCUAUGGGCGUCUCAUGGCAAGAAUGAAGAUCGAGAGGGGUUUCCUGUAGGAAUUGGAAUGACUCCAUCAUUGUGCAUACUUGGAGGAGUGUGCAUAGUUGGUGUGGUUAUCACCACUUUUUUCACCAAAGAAACUAUGGGCAGGUCUUUGGAAGAUAAUGAGACUGAGCCUCUAGAAAUUGAAGAAGUAAAUGAUCUUUGAAAUUUAAUGAAAGGUGGGGUGGGUGUAUGAAAAUUUAAUGAAGCCAUCUUUGAAAUGAAAGCAUGUAAGCUAGGUAUCUUUAUACGCACAU